AACGUUUAGAUGUUUUAGUUUUAGUCACGUACCUGCUUUUAAGUUGAAGCAUUAAACGGGUUAGUUUGUCUGCAAAGUUUCCUCCACUCGCCGGAAGCUGCGCUUAUUUCAAAAAAAUGGAGGAAAGUGAGAGGGAAGUAAUAAGUGAAAUCAGUUGUGAUCAGAAAGUAAGUUUAACCGCAUGUAAGCAGCAGGGCACCGGCGGAAAAGAUGGUGCAGAUACGGACAAGAAGCUGGACAUUAGUUCAGAUCAGUUUGAUCCGCUACUUGCCUUGUAUUCUUCAGACGUUCCUCUGCCUUACCCGAACAUCAGGUGCUUUAACAACCUCGCGGAGUAUGAGAGCUUUAUGAAAGGCGGGCGUGGAAGGGCGAAACCUGUAAAUGUGGAGAAAAGGAUCCGGAAAGCGAAAAGGGGAGUCGCGGAUCCUGAGAGAAUUGAGAGGCUGAAAAAACUCAUGGUGAAAAAUCCGUGUGGAGGAGAGGAAGGAGAGAGCGGAGUGAAGAGACCUGCUAAACACAGAGCUCCAAAGAAUGUGCUCACCAGGAUGCCGUUGCACGAGGGCAGUCCUUUAGGAGAACUGAACCGCUGCGUCCAGCAGCGACUCCGAGUCAAAGUCCACAUCCGGUCGUUUAAGGGUCUACGCGGAGUGUGUACCGGCUUCCUGGUGGCUUUCGACAAAUUCUGGAACCUGGCCAUGGUGGAUGUGGAUGAAACUUACAGGGAGCCUUUACUUGGAGAGGCAUUCUACCAUGAAAAAGCACUGACUGUUACAAGGCUGUUUCAGAAGUUGCAAGUUCAGGCUGCAUCCGGGAAAGCAGCAGAGGCUGAGACUUCAAAAGCAGACGAGCCGCGUGCUGAACCACACAACGUCACCACAAGCAGCAUGCUGGGGGUUCGAGCAUCCCGACAAGCAGCGGAGAGACUGGCGCGAUCCGUGAAAGUGCUGGCAGUGACCAGCACAGACAUGCCUCAUAUAUCUGCUGCUGGUUCAGAGCAGAGACAGAAGGUGUCUAAACCAAGAGUGGAGUACGGACGAGUGCGUACUCGUCACAUCAAUCAGCUUUUUAUCCGCGGAGAAAAUGUUCUCCUUGUGAAUAUUCAAGAGUAGCAGCAUGGUAUUAACUGCUUAUUGGAACAGGCACUGUUUCUGAUUCUGAGAGCACAUUUAACGACAGGCACCGAGUCUUCUUCUUGUAUCAUAUUGAUAUGAAUAUAAUCCCGCUUGAAGAAGUGGAGAAAAUAAAAACAAAUGUCUUUGCAAUAAUCUG